AUGGCUUCAUCUUCAAGCAAUUCUUUCAAUGUUAAUUUUGAUGAUUUCAUCGAAGAAUCUUUUGAGGAAACUUGGAACAAUUACUUUGAUCAAACUUUCAACAAUGCUCUAAAUGAAGUUUUGGAGGAGCAUUCUGUUCCAAAGCGCAACCAGAAGAAGAGAGCAUAUAUUGAAAGAAAUCGUGAGCAAGGCCAUCAGCGUUUAUGGGAUGAUUAUUUCAGUGAUCGUGCAACAUAUCCCCCAAAUAUGUUUUGUCGCCGUUUCAGAAUGACCCGACCAUUAUUCAUGCGUAUCGUGUCUCGUCUGUCCGAGGAAGUUCCAUUUUUCCAGCAAAGGAGAGAUGCGAUUGGAAGGGUUAGUCUUUCAGCCAUCCAAAAAUGUACUGCGGCUAUUCGUAUGAUGGCAUACGGUUCUGCAGCUGAUGCAGUUGACGAGUACCUCCGUCUGGGUGAAAGUACCGCACUUUCAUGUUUGAAACAUUUUACUGAAGCAAUAAUAUCUUUAUUUGGAGAUGAAUAUCUCAGACGACCCACUGCAGCGGAUCUUCAACAACUAUUAGAUGUUGGGGAAAGCCGUGGAUUCCCGGGAAUGAUAGGGAGCAUCGAUUGUAUGCAUUGGGUGUGGAAAAAUUUUCCUACAGCUUGGAAAGGGCAAUAUACAUGUGGUUCAGGAAAACCGACAAUCGUCUUAGAAGCAGUAGCAUCACAUGAUCUUUGGAUAUGGCAUGCGUUUUUCGGACCUCCAAGUACUUUAAACGACAUUAACGAUCUUGAGCGCUCACCUGUUUUUGAUGACAUUUUACAAGGUCGUGCUCCAAAGGUUAAAUACUAUGUCAAUGGAAACCAAUAUCGUUAUGCAUACUACCUAACCGACGGUAUCUACCCGAAGUGGGCAACUUUUGUACAAUCAAUACCCCUACCGCAAGACCCAAAAACCAGAUGUUUUGCUAAACAUCAAGAAUCCGUCCGCAAAGAUGUCGAACGUGCAUUCGGAGUUUUGCAAGCUCGGUUUGCGAUUGUAAAAAACCCAGCUCUCAUUUGGGAUAAGCAGAAAAUUGGAAAAUUAUGCGGGCAUGCAUCAUCUUGCAUAAUAUGA